AAGGGGGUUUGUUGGAAAACAUCAGAAGAUGUUCGGGACUUCUGUGAGGGAAGAAACCACAGCAUCGUUGAUAGUGAGCUAGCUGUUGUGACCAUUAGUUAAACGCUCGUGUAUAAACUUAAACUGAAUCUGAUGAUGUACAUCAACAAAUCAUUUCCGUGCAGUAUAUUCCUACUCCCCUUUCUGAGCUUCGUGAUUCAUUUGAAUCAUUUCUCUUCUGAUAAGAAACAAAAAUUAGCGGUGCGGUGACGCUCCGUUCCAUUAAUUAAAGAGUAGUAGUAGAUUUUCAUAACCAAAACAAACUUGUUUGGUGUGAUUUGAUUUUGAAUCCAGACGAUGGGAUCGUUGAAAACUGAUGAAGAUGAUUUAGUAAUAAGUGGUAGUGUUGAUGAGUCAAAACAGGAAGCGAUUAUUUAUGUUAAUGGUGUUCGUAGAAUACUUCCCAAUGGAUUAGCUCACUUUACACUUCUUGAAUAUCUCAGAGAUAUAGGUCUGACAGGAACCAAGCUUGGCUGUGGUGAAGGUGGUUGUGGGGCUUGUACAGUGAUGGUUUCUUAUUUUGAUCAAUUAUCAAAUAAGACCAUACACAGUGCAGUAAAUGCAUGCUUGACUCCUCUUUAUUCUGUAGAAGGAAUGCAUGUCAUUACUGUAGAGGGCAUUGGGAACCGUCGACAAGGCUUGCACCCUGUCCAGGAGACAAUGGCGCUCUCUCAUGGAUCACAAUGUGGAUUUUGUACUCUAGGUUUUAUCAUGUCCAUGUAUGCAUUGUUGAGGUCGAAUCGGGGAUUUCCCAGUGAAGAGCAAAUAGAGGAGAGCCUUGGUGGAAAUUUAUGUCGUUGCACAGGGUACAGGCCAAUUAUUGAUGCAUUUAGGGUUUUUGCUAAAACUGAUAACGUCUUGUACAUUGAUAAUGGAAAGCCUUGUUCUUCAGAAAGCUCUUCAGGGAGUGAAUUUAUUUGCCCCUCUACUGGGAAGCCAUGUUCUUGUGGAACGAAGGUAAUAAAUGAUGAUAACUGUAUGCCAGACUCUGAAAAUUGUAACAGCAUUUACAAGCCUGUUUCAUACAAUGAGAUAGAUGGUAGCUCGUACAGGGAGAAAGAACAUAUUUUCCCUCCGGAGCUUCUACUGAGGAAAUUAAAGCCGUUGAGUUUGACUGGAUUUGGUGGGAUUAAGUGGUAUCGCGCCCUCAGACUCCAACAUGUGUUGGAUUUGAAGUCAAAAUAUCCUGAUGCAAAAAAAAUUAAUCGAUUGAUCAAUCAAUAAGCAGACCUCACUUAAUUCUUACUCACUGAACUGUUUUUGGAGGUCUUUUUAUCGGAGGAAACAGAUCAUCAAAAUAAAAAUAAAACUAGAUGAAGAUGAUUAAAGGACAGAGAUGUUUUUAGAAUCAAUCAACCCAUGAGAUGAAUCGAAGAACUAUUAUGAAGGAUUUUUUAUUUUAGGAAAAUGGAAUUUAGUUGUGAAGAAGAAGAAGGAUCAGAAAACAAGUGUAUGGAAAAUGGAAUACCGAACCAAAAUCCAAAGGUGUUAGAUGAUUGACAUUUGGCGUAAUAAAGAGAAACUGGAGAAAGGUUCGGGAUUUGAAUGCUUUGGAAUCAUGGAUAUUUUGUUGAGUGUUUUUCUGGAUAAGGAAGGGGACGAGUGUGGGUCCUCGUGUGUGGAAAAAUGACUUCUUUUUGUCCCUUUUUGUCCCUUUUUGUUCCUGAUUUUUUGUCAUCAGAUAUUCAAAUCAAGUCACUCUAAUGGAAUGUGAUCCCCGUA